GGCGGCGGCGGCGCGAGGCGACGGCGGCAGCGGGGCCGGGAACGUUACAAGUCUAAGAGCUCAGGACAAGAGCAGCAGAAAUACAUGCAACAUGGUGACUGGAACCCUAAGGACCUUGCAAUAUGAAUAAUUCUCUGGAGAACACCAUUUCCUUUGAAGAAUACAUCCGUGUGAAGGCGCGAACGAUCCCCCAGCACAGGAUGAAGGAGUUUCUGGACUCCCUUGCUUCCAAGGGGCCGGAAGCUCUGCAGGAGUUUCAGCAGACGGCCACCACCACAAUGGUGUAUCAGCAGGGUGGCAACUGCAUUUACACGGACAGCACAGAGGUGGCUGGGUCUUUGCUUGAACUUGCUUGUCCUGUGACAACCAGUGUCCAGCAGCAAACUCAGCCAGAGCAGCAGAUACAGGUUCAGCAACCCCAGCAAGUCCAGGUUCAGGUCCAGGUCCAGCAGUCACCGCAGCAGGUCUCUGCCCAGCAGCUCUCUCCGCAGCUCACUGUCCAUCAGGCUUCGGAGCAACCAAUACAGGUCCAAGUGCAGAUCCAAGGCCAGGCGCAGCAGCAGGCAUCCCAGACAAUACAGAGUCAGUCUCUUCAGAGCCCCAGCCCAUCUCAGCUGCAGGCAGCUCAAAUCCAAGUGCAGCAUGUGCAGACUGCCCAACAGAUCCAGGCUGCAGAGAUACAGGAGGAACACAUACAACACCAGCAGAUCCAGGCCCAGCUUGUAGCAGGACAGGCCAUUACUGGUGGCCAGCAGAUACAGAUCCAGACAGUUGGGGCACUGUCACCUCCACCUUCUCAACAAGGUUCUCCACGAGAGGGAGAGCGGCGGAUCAGCACUGCUAGUGUCCUUCAGCCAGUGAAGAAACGUAAAGUGGAUAUGCCUAUUACUGUAUCGUAUGCUAUUUCAGGGCAGCCAGUUGCCACAGUGCUGGCCAUUCCUCAGGGCCAGCAGCAAAGUUACGUCUCUUUACGGCCAGACUUGUUAACAGUGGACAGUGCCCACCUGUACAGUGCCACUGGGACCAUUACUAGCCCCACUGGAGAGACUUGGACCAUCCCUGUUUACUCUGCUCAGCCACGUGGUGACCUUCAGCAGCAAAACAUAACCCACAUCGCCAUCCCUCAGGAGGCCUACAAUGCCGUCCACGUCAGUGGCUCGCCAACAACACUGGCUACCGUGAAGCUGGAAGACGACAAGGAUAAGAUGGUGGGAAGUACUUCAGUAGUGAAGAACUCUCACGAGGAAGUGGUGCAGACUCUUGCUAAUUCGCUCUUUCCAGCGCAGUUUAUGAAUGGCAACAUCCACAUUCCAGUGGCAGUGCAGGCUGUGGCAGGGACAUACCAGAAUACAGCACAGACAGUGCACAUAUGGGACCCGCAACAGCAACAGCAGCAGCCCACACCCCAAGAGCAGGGGCAGCAGCAGCAGCAGCUACAAGUCACUUGCUCAGCUCAAACUGUUCAGGUUGCUGAAGUUGAGCCACAGCCACAGCCACAGACUUCACCUGAACUUCUACUUCCAAACUCUCUGAAGCCAGAAGAAGGGCUUGAAGUGUGGAAAAGCUGGGCACAGACCAAGAAUGCAGAGCUGGAAAAAGAAGCCCAAAAUAGGCUAGCACCUAUUGGAAGGCGUCAGCUGCUGAGGUUCCAGGAAGAUCUCAUCUCUUCAGCUGUGGCUGAGCUGAAUUAUGGUCUAUGCUUAAUGACACGAGAAGCUCGAAAUGGUGAUGGUGAACCCUAUGAUCCAGAUGUGCUCUACUAUAUCUUCCUGUGUAUUCAGAAGUAUCUCUUUGAAAAUGGCCGAGUAGAUGACAUCUUCUCAGAUCUCUACUAUAUUCGGUUCACUGAGUGGCUGCAUGAAGUUCUCAAGGACGUACAGCCCCGUGUUUCCCCUCUUGGUUACGUCCUCUCCAGUCAUGUGACAGAAGAGAUGCUGUGGGAGUGUAAGCAGCUAGGAGCUCACUCCCCUUCUACCUUGCUCACUACACUGAUGUUUUUUAAUACAAAAUACUUCCUGUUGAAGACAGUAGACCAGCACAUGAAGCUGGCCUUCUCCAAGGUGUUGAGGCAGACCAAGAAGAACCCUUCUAAUCCCAAGGAUAAAAGCACGAGUAUCCGCUAUCUGAAGGCUUUUGGCAUACACCAGACAGGACAGAAAGUUACAGAUGACAUGUAUGCAGAGCAGACUGAGAAUCCAGAGAACCCCCUAAGGUGUCCGAUAAAGCUGUAUGACUUCUACCUCUUCAAAUGCCCCCAGAGUGUGAAAGGCCGGAAUGACACGUUUUACUUGACACCGGAGCCAGUGGUGGCCCCCAACAGCCCGAUCUGGUAUUCCAUCCAGCCGAUCAGCAGAGAGCAGAUGGAGCAGAUGCUCACCCGGAUCCUGGUGAUACGAGAGAUUCAGGAAGCUAUUGCCGUGGCUAAUGCCAGCACCAUGCACUAAGAAAAGAUGAACUACAGGAUUGGCCUGGAUGGCUGGGGCCUCUGUCUCCUUGGAGCACGUGCAGCCUAGAGGGCACAGAAUGAUGGAUGGACCUGCUCAGCCAGUGGAGGAGAGGCAGGCAUCUUCUUUUCUUGUGCUUGGACGUUAAUUUGCUGUUAUCUUGGAAGGAAGAGGAGAGAGUGAACUGCAAUUGUGAUUUAUACAAAACAAACCAACGAUUUCUAUUCAGACCUUUAAGUGACAUUUUUAGAUGUUAAAAGUACAAACUUUACCACACUCUUCUUUUUUGGCCUAACAUUGAGGCCUUAAACCUUGAGGCUCCUGUGCCUGAUGGAAUUCUUGUAACAUACACUUGUGUAUCAUAUAAAGAUACCACGCUGUUUCUCUUAUGUAUUCUUACUCUAGUUGUUUAUUAAGAAUGACGAGCACGUCUUUUCAACA